UCUUGACAAGGUCUUGUUGCUCUGGGUAUAUCAACCAGGAAGAGUCAACACCAAACCGAAAGUACUUCCCAGCCUGGUGAAUAUCGGGGUGAGGCGAUGGAUUUCUUGUUUAUCAAUAGUGAUUACGCAUGAAAGUUCACACCUCUAGUAAGAAAGACGAUGGCCACGCCCUCCUCCUGGGCACAAGACAUCAUCAGCUGUGACCUUUGUGAUAACCCCACCCAGCAAUUCUGUAACAGCUGUCAAGUCAGUUUGUGUGUGGAUUGCGUUAGCAAACAUGUGGGAAAGUUCAAGUCCCUGGCGCAUGACCUCGUUCCGUUCACAAAGAGAAAAAUAAAGCUUGUUUUUCCUGAUUGCGAAAUCCACCCCAACGAAAUAUGCGAGGCCCGCUGCAAAAAAUGUGAUGUUCCAGUUUGUCUGAAAUGCAUGCUCGAUCCCCAUAAUGGACACAGAUAUGAAGACAUGUUUGAUAUUUUCCAGAAGAAGAAAAAAGAUAUUGAAAAAGAAACCCAGGAAAUUGAAUCCACUAUUAUCCCUCAGUAUGAAGAGAAAAAUGAAGAAACAGAAAACAAGCUAUCCAUUGCAAUAACCGAAUAUUGCGAAAUGGACAAAGAGAAAGAAAAACACAGAGAAUAUUGGCAUCAAGAAGUAGACACCAUUUUCAAUAAGCUCGGUUCUUUGCUCAAUGCUAUGAAAGAGAAUCAACUGGCUGUUCUAAAAUCCCACCAAUCCAAAAUAAAAAAUCGAAUCCCAGACAUGACCCAAACAGUUCAACAAAACAAAGAAAUUCUAAAGUCAAAAAACGUGUCUGACGUCACCAACUACAAAUCCAAACUCGAGGAAUACAGGAACAUGCCUGCCGAUAUUGAUGUCAAAAUACCGUCACUGAAAACCAACACAGUCCAAGGGAGAGAACUCAGUCUGGAAUUAGAAGAAUACAAGGCUACACUUCAACAGAUAUCAUUAUCCGGUCUGACAGAUGAUGUCAAUAAAUCCUCAAUAAGAAAGUUAUUGGACAGAGCCAGAGUGAUUGCCACCAUUCCUACUGGAGUUAACCCUCUACACAAUGUUGCAUGUAUUGGAGUAGACGAAGCUUGGGUUAGUGGUAAAGAUGAAACCAUAAGACGUGUUGACAUACACGGGUCUGUACGGGACACUGCCACAUGUAAAAACUUCCCUAAUGGCAUCACAGUGACCAGACAGGGAGAACUGGUAUACAGUGAUGGUCCCGAUAGAACUGUGAACAUUGUCAGACACGGGAGAACAGAGACACUAAUGACCACACCACAGGGCUGGUUUCCAAGCAAACUAUGUUGUACUAAAUCAGGGGACAUCCUGGUCAGUAUGUUUACUACUGAUAAAAGCCAACGUAAAAUUAUCCGUUAUCAGGGACACACAGUGAAACAGGAAAUAGAUAGAGAUGAAGAUGGAGAACCAAUCUAUAAAGGAGGGGAAUAUGGACUAUAUAUGAUGGAGAACAACAAUGGAGACAUAUGUGUCUGUGAUCGUAAUGCUAAGACCGUGGUAGUGGUGACCAAAUCAGGAAGAGUCCGAUUCCGAUACGACGGUACACCAAGCAGGAUGGAUUCAUUUAAUCCUGUACAUGUAGUGACAGACUCCAUGAAUCAGAUCAUUUUGGCAGAUUACAACAAUGACUGUCUACACAUCCUGGAUCAGAACGGACAGUUCCUGAGAUGUGUGGACAAUUGUGGACUAGGUGAACCUCAUGGACUGAGUGUGGACAGUGAGGGGAGGUUGUGGGUAGGGUUACUUGAUUCAGGAAAAGUGAAAGUGAUUCAGUACAUGAAAUAAACACAUAUAUACAGACAUAAGAUAAUGGCAGAGUUGAUACAGUGCUCUUGAUAUCUAAAUAUGUAAUCUUCAAUGUUAAUAGAUUAACGAUAUAUCUAAGUGAUAAUGUGUUGUUUGUGUAAAAUGUAAUAUUUAAGAAAUGUAAUAAAUAUUACAGUGUAAUAAAAA